AUGGACCCUCUGGACCCCCUUGAGGACCCCCCCAUGGACCCCCCUGACCCCACUGAGCCCCCCUGGGUGCUCAGGACCCCCUGGAGGGCCCCACGGACCCCCGGGACCCCUCAGGGACCCCCGGGACCCCUUGGCCACCCCACGGACCCCCGGGACCACCCUAUGGACUCGUCACGAAACCUUUGGCCACCCCAGUCUCUCCGCACCAUGUCCGGCUCUGCGCCCCCGAACCCCCCGGGACCCCCGAACCCUUCGGGGACCCCCUGGCCGCCCCCCCCUCCCCCGCACCGCCUGCGGGCCCUGGCGCGCUCCUGGCUGGACGAGGACGCGCCCUGGCCCGACCCCACCGUGGCGCCGCUGGGGAACGCCGAGAUCCGCGCCCACAUCCUCGUCAAAAACCCCGAAACCCCCGCCGGGGUGCUGGCCGGCUGCCCGUUCGCCGAGGCGGUGUUCGCGGUGUCGGGCUGCUCCGUGCUCUGGAAGGUUCCCGAAGGUUCCCGGCUGGGCCCGGGCCGGGCGCUGCUGGCCGAGGUUCGCGGCCCCGUUUCCGGGCUGCUCCUGGCCGAGCGCACGGCCCUCAACGUCCUGGGCCGCUGCAGCGGCGUGGCCUCCAUGGCCGCCCGGGCCCGGGGCGUCGCCGAGAGCCGGAAUUGGGGAGGGGUCGUGGCGGGGACGCGCAAGGGCACGCCCGGCUUCAGGGCGGCCGAGAAGUACGCGCUGGGCGUGGGGGGCGCGCAGGGGCACCGCCAGGGGCUGGGGGCCUUCGGCCUCGUCAAGGACAAGCACAGGGCCGUGGCCGAGAUGGGCGGCGGGCACGAAGGGCUGAUUGAGGGGGCGCGCUGGGCCGGGGGCUUCACGCAGAAAUUGGGCGUGGAGUGCGCGAGCGCCGAGCAGGCGCUGGAGGCGGCCGAGGCCGGGGCCGACGUCGUCCUGCUCGACAACCUGAGCCCAGAGGAGCUGCACGCGGCGGCCGCGCGUGUCAAGGCCGCGCACCCGCGGGUGCUGGUGGAGGCCAGCGGGGGCAUCGGCCUGGAGAGCCUGGGCAGCUUCCUGGGGCCCCACGUGGACGUCGUGUCCAUGGGGUGCCUGACCCACAGCGCCCCCGCGCUCGACUUCGCCCUCAAGGUGGUGGGGAUGGGGAGUGGAAGUACCCCAACUGAAGAAGGCCCAUUAGAACACAACUGUGCAGAAGUAAUAGAGUACACCUAUUCAGCAAGAGAAGACCUGAAAGACGUCCCACUAGAGCAGCCGGAGUGGGAGCUGUUUACAGAUGGGAGCAGCUUCGUGGAAAACGGAACCAGAUACGCUGGAUAUGCGCUCUGCCAGGCCAGAGCUGGGGGCGGGGCUCUGUUCCACCACAAACCAAGGCCUGACCUAGCCCUGGCCCCACACAGGCAUUCUGAGCAUCCCAAGGUGUCUCGGGACAUCGAUCUUGUCCAGCCUCUGACAACAACCACGGUGACACUACGGAACCUCAUGGGGCCAAGGGGCUGUUGUGACACUGUGGUGCCUCAUGGGAUCAAGGAGACCAUUGUGAAACUCGGAGGCCCCAAGAAACCAAGUGUCCAUGAUGACCUUGUGCAGCCCAUAGUGUAA